CCAUCCCUCAUGCUUAGCGGCAGCCACGGUUGGCGCCGAUUGUUUCAGCCCGUGACUGGACAAGCCGGGGCAGCUUUCCUGGGUGGAUCGGGGAUCACGCAGGCGGCAGCAGACAGAUUUUCGAUUUCCAGUGCGAGGGGAGACCUUCUGGCUGGUCACGACCCAGGCAACGGAAUACAGUGUCUUACACGGCCGGAAUUCUUCAUCGAAGUGGCCGAGAAUAAAGAACGUGAGGAUGAUGAGGGUGAUGGAGAUGAGAUGAUGAUCAUGAAGAACCGCAAAACUUCAAACUUCGGACGGAAACAAUAGCAAACAAAACCAAAAGACGUAAACUCAAUUUACCUGAUCUUUCAACGUAACUGGAACUGUCGCACGCACUGUUUGAUGAACG